CAUUAUAUAUCAGUUUAUGGCUUCAUUGAUACACAUAUAAUGACGAUCUCUGAUUUUUCUCUAGAAAUUUUUGAAGUUUCGUAGCUACUGUGGAAUAUUAUUAUGUUUCUAAUUUUCUUAGCUUUCUCAUUACUUUUUGUUGAGUAUUCCUCAUCAGAAUUCCCGUGCCCUCCAGGCGAAAUCCAUUCUGGUGAUAAGUGCGCCGAUCUUUGCGUCCCAACAUGUCAAACACCUGGACCUGGACAUGUAUAUGGAUAUCCUCUAAUGGUAUCAUGCAGACUUGACUGCAUAAUAGGAUGUUAUUGUGCGCCCGGUCUUAUCAGAGACGAAAUAUCUGGAAGAUGUGUUAGUGAGUGUCCGUAAAAUUAUACUUGUUCUUAUUUAAUUGUAAACUCACCAAAAAUAAAACUAUUUGAAUUUUCAA